CAGCGGUAUUUCAAGUCUAGGCGUUUGUAACUUCUUCGGAGCUUUAGAACAACUGGUUCAGCAUAUCAAUUUGUUUAUCAGUGUGAUUUAAUUCCAACCUUUCUCCCAUUCAUCGCCUUUGAUAUACUCAAAUGGAUUCUGCAGAAAAACGAAGAUUAAAUAAACUGUUAAGAAAGCCUUCAUCUUCGCUUGGGAAAGCUCUAGGUUUGAGACAAAAAUUGUCUCGUAACUCACAAAAACAAGCCAAAUGUGCAUCUGUUGUAUCUGAAAAAGUACCCAAACAGGAGAUUAAUGUUGAUGUUGCUACUUUGUGCGCUGAAAUGUGUGGUGUUUCUAACUUGUCACAAUCUGCAGCUAAUCUACUUCAAAAACAUUUGAAUCAAAUAGCUAGACUUUUAAUUCAUGAAGUUCUUCGUGUAAUGGAACAAAGUCGUCGAGGUGUCCCUCAAGCAUCCGAUAUCGAUUUGGCCUCAGUUUUGAUCGGACUUGAAAGUCCUUUUGGAACAACUACAGCGAAUUUUCUCCCAAUCCGUACAGGUGGUCGUACUGCAAGUUCAGGUCCUGGUGGAAAAGUUUUUUUCAUUCGACCAGAUAAAGAAAUUGAUAUCAAAGCUUUAUUACUCCGUGAACCAGCCGGUGUUGUCUAUGAUGUUAGUUUAGUUGCUCAUUGGUUAUCAGUCAAUGGAAAACAGCCUACAUCACCACAGAAUCCUCCACCGGAUUUUUUAGCAAGAAUGGCUUUAUUAAAUAAUUCAUUUGGAUCGACAAAUAAACAGAAUAAACGAUUAAUGAGUCAUAAAAAAAUGGAUGAUCUAAAUUCAUUGGUGGAAAAACGUCCUAAAAUUGGUUUACAUCAUAAUGAACGAGAUAAAUUCGAUUUGUUAUCAUCAAACUCUCAUCCAAGAAAAGUUUUAGCAGUAUCUGUUGAGCGUCGUUCUCAUGAAAUCAGUCAAGAGGUAAUGAUUUAUUUUCGUGAAUUAACUGAAGCAUGUGUUGGUGCUAAUGAAACUCGACGACAUGAAGCUUUGGACAAUGCUACAUUAGAUCCAGGACUUCAACCAAUAUUACCUCAUCUUAUGACAUUCAUCACAGAGGGUGUAAGAAUCAAUGUAACUAAUCAUAAUCUUGCUAUAUUAAUUUAUUUAAUGCGAUUAGUUAAAGCAUUAAUUGAUAAUCCACAUAUAUCUUUGGAACCAUAUUUACAUUUACUUGUGCCUACUGUGAUUACAUGUGUAUUGAAUCGUCAAUUAUGUGCUAAACCAAUUACAGAUAAUCAUUGGGCAUUAAGAGAUUUUGCUGCUAAACAAUUAGCUACUUUAUGUAAUCGGCACAAUACAUCUAGCAAUGAAUUAUACGGACGUGUUACACGUGAACUUUCACGUGCAUUAUGCAGUUGGAUUGAUGGUGGUGGUCGUGGUAACACAUCGUCUACUAGUAGUGGCUGUACUACAGAAACUUGCUUAAAAUUACCAAUGAUGAUGAAAACUACUACUACUGAUCUAUCAAAAUAUUCUGAACAUGAAAAACCGAUUGAAAUGAAACUGUGCAAAGUUGAAAAUGAUAGUUUAACUAAUAAUUCACUUACAACCACAACAACAACUAAUACUAUCAGUACUACUACUACUAGUACCACUACUACUACUCCUGUCACUACUACUACUACUACUACUAGCAAUAGUAAUAAUAGUAAUAAUAACAAUGGACCAAGUUUAGGCAGUGCUAUACAUUCAAUGAAUACAUUAUAUGGUAUCCUUGUUGCUUUAGCUGAAUUCGGUGCACAAUGUUUACGAAUGAUGGUAUUUCCAUUAUUAUCUUCAUUAUGUCAUCGUUUAACUAAAUUAACUGAAUCGAAUAAUUUUACAACAAUGAAUGAAUUGAACGAGUCGACCACUGCUGGAAGUAAUGAUUUAAAGCAACAACCACACCAACACCAACAACAACAACAUCCAGUACUUUCAUUAAGUUUAGGCGCAAAACUUUUACCAGUUGAUCAACGUUCAUUUGAUUUUCUUAAAGUUAUGAUGACGAAUCGUAUUGCACCUUUACUUAAUGAUUGGCGUAUACGUCAAGGAUACGGUGUUACACUAGAAGAUUAUCGUGCUGCUUAUGAAUGUAUGGCUGAAUGCCUUUUUGUUAUGAAUCAAAAUCAUACUACUGUUACUGCUAUUAAUACUACUACUACAAGUAGUAGUAAUAAUAGUAAUAAUAACAGUAAUACUAAUACAACAACAACCACUACUGUUAAUACUUCCACUCCCAGUACUACUACUACGACUACUACUACAUCUGCUCAACUUAUUGUUAACAAUCCAGUUCAUCACCAACCAACUACUAGUAAUGCGAAUGUCAUUAUCAGUAGUAUUAGUGGUAGUAGUACUCCAGUGAAUAAUUCCACUAUUUCAACUAUUACCAGUAAUAAUAAUAAUAAUAAUAAUAAUAAUAAUAAUCUUCCUACUUCAACUAGUAUUAUUGUUACUAGUAAUAUUACAACUUCUAAUAUGAAUACUUUUAAUAAUUAACAACAAACAUUUCAACAAUUUCGUUUAUGUGAUUGAUUAUCAUCUAUCUCAUUGAUUGUAUAAACAACCUUAUUUAUUUUCUUACAUUUAUUUUUUUUCUGAUUACAUCUAAAAAAACUGCAAAACAGUGAUUAAAUCAUAUUGAGUUGUGUGUGUGUGUGUGACACAUGAACUAUCUGUAAACAAUUUUUUUUUGUAAUAAUGCGGAAAAUUUCUAGCUCAGUUGGGGAAUGAUUGUGAUGAUAGGGUUCUUGUUUCCUUGAGUUGGGUGUGGUGCUAUGGUGUGAGCUACUUAUAAGUAGUAUAUGAUGUGAGUGUCAAUGUAAUGUCUGGCAGCAGAAGAUGAGGGAAGAUCAAGCAAGAAAGGAAGAGUGGGAACACAAUGGAAUUUGUAUGAAACGCAUGAAUAGUGACAAUGGAUUGAUGUUUUGCAAAUUAACGAUGUAUACGAUAUGGUUUUCCAAUUUUACUGAGUAACUCUGUAAUUUCCGAGUAAAUACAAUUCGGUUGCCCUCAUCUGUGUUCUGUUUCACUACAGGGAAUGUUUUUUUUUGUUAUGGAGCUUCGAUUGUUCUUCUUCCUCUGUGAACAAGCGUCAGAUAGAAAAGUUUGAAGUUUGUGCCUGAUGAUGUUGUUCAGACGGUGGAGUACACUGAAGGCUCCACAACAGGAAAACAUGCCCAGCUCUGAGAGAGAAAUGAAACUGUAUCAUAAUUUUUUUGGAAAUUACUAUUUUUUUUUAUAUCCAUUUAGAAAACAAAUUAUCAACAUUAUGAUGACAUUGUGUUAAUCUGUUAAUAAGUAGUAUGUGUGUGUAUAUACUUAUGUAUGUAUAUAUUAUAUGCUAAUGCGUUAUGUAAAUAAACUGACCUCACAAAUGUGUAUUGCAUAUAUAUGAUGUAUUUGGCUCAAUGAGAUGUACAUUUUUUUUUAACUUGGAAUGGGAAUUUUUAAAGGAAAAUUUCU